GCUUGUCUCUAAAUGAAAACAGGAUUUCCUUCCCCUGAAACGGCUGCAGCCCGAACAGGGCAGGGGAAGCAGCCAGUGAACCUGGCCUGGAACAGACAAGAUCCCAGUCGCUGUCCUGCAGCAGGGUAAAGUGCAGACGAAGUAAGCAAACUGCAGCGGGUGUGUUUCUGCAGAGUAAUGUUUGCUUAACUAAGAGCCAUGUCGCUGUAUCUGAAACACUUCACUGUUGUGGGAGACGACCCCGCACAGUGGGGCAAUGACUACAAGAAAUGGGAGGAAGAGCAGAUGGAAGAGGAAGGUGGGCAGAAGCCGGAAGAUUCAACGAUUAACAUGAAUUCUUCAGUCAGACCUCGUUCCUUCCACGAUGUGAUGAAAAAGCUCUUCAGCUCCCACAAAUUUCAGAUAUUGGUUGUAUGCUUGGUCAUUUUGGAUGCUUUGUUGGUGCUCGCUGAAUUGCUUCUGGACUUGAAAAUCAUCCACCCAGACAAACAUGAAAUAGCACCAAAGGUAUUUCACUACCUGAGCCUUUCUAUUGUAACCCUCUUUUUGGUGGAAGUCGGGUUUAAAAUAUUUGUCUAUCGCCUGGAAUUCUUUCACCACAAGUUUGAAGUCCUGGAUGGAAUAGUGGUGGUGGUUUCGUUUAUCAUCGAUGUCGUCCUUCUGUUUCGGGAACAUGAAUUUCAAGGGGCUGGACUAUUGAUCCUACUCCGACUGUGGCGAGUGGCCAGAAUUAUAAAUGGAAUAAUUUUAUCAGUAAAGACACGCUCUGAACAACGGGUGUUGAAGCUGAAGCAAGCAAAUCUGCAACUUUCUGCAAAAGUCGAACAACUUGAAUACAGCUGCACAGAGAAGGAGCAAGAAAUCGAAAGGCUCAACAAGCUGUUACAACAGCAUGGACUUGUCCACCAGCCACAAUAAAGGACUGGCUGUCUAGGGCGAGGGAAAUCCUUCCCUGAGGAAGUUCCAAUGCAAAAAAUGCUAGUUUGACCAUCCCUUAUUGACCUCUAAGAUACUUUAUAUACCUCCAUGCUCUCUUGCAUAGUAUUGUCUAGAUAUAGUUUCU